CUGCGCAUGCGCACGGCACGUCAGCUGGCCAACCAAGGGCAGCAUCAUGGCGGCUUCCACUCGUAGCAUGCAGUAUGCCUUGCAGAAAGCGAUGGCCCCUUCUUUGGUCGUGAUCUUGGGAGCUACCGGCACCGGGAAGUCCAAGCUGGCGAUCGAGAUAGGAAAACGGGUGCAAGGAGAAAUAAUCAGCGCCGAUUCCAUGCAGGUAUACCAGGGAUUGGACAUCAUCACCAAUAAGGUGACAGCUGAGGAGUGCGCUCAGUGCAGACAUCACAUGAUCAGCUUUGUGGACCCGCUGGUCAGCAGCUACACAGUGGUCGACUUCAGAAACAAAGCCCUGGCCCUCAUAGAAGACAUGCACAGCAGAGACAAGCUGCCAAUCAUCGUGGGAGGGACGAACUAUUACAUCGAGUCUCUACUGUGGAAAGUCCUGGUGGACACAGGGCAGGAGGACAAGGAGUCGGGGAAGGAGAAAGAAGAAGGCGGGGCAACGGACAGGAAGGAGGAGCUAGAGAAACUGGGAGGAGCGGAGCUGCAUAAGCGACUGGCGGAGGUGGACCCCGAAAUGGCCGCCAUGUUGCACCCUAACGACACACGUAAGAUCGCAAGGAGCCUACAGGUGCACGAGGAGACGGGCGUCCCUCAUAGCCAUUGGCUGGAGAAGCAGAGGGGGCAGGAGGGAGGCGACGGGCUGGGGGGGCCGCUGAGGUACCCAGACCCCUGCAUCUUCUGGCUGCAUGCAGACAUGGACGCUCUAGACAAGCGGCUGGACGCCCGUGUCGAUGAGAUGUUGUCUCUGGGACUGAUAGAGGAGCUCAGAGACUUUCAUUUGCGCUACAAUCAGCAGAAAGUCCAGGACCAAAGUCAGGACUAUCAACAUGGGAUCUUCCAGUCGAUUGGUUUCAAGGAGUUUCAUGACUACUUGACUGCUCCUGAACACACCACCCAGCAGGAGAGAGACACACUCCGAGACAAAGGUAUUGAAGCUUUGAAGAUUGCUACGAGGCGUUACGCCCGCAAGCAGAAUAAAUGGGUCCGCAACCGCUUCCUUAAGCGACCAGGAGACUGCGUGCCAGCAGUGUACGGCCUGGAUGUGACAGAUGUGUCGAGGUGGGAGGAGACGGUGCUGAACCCUGCACUGCAGAUACUGGACAGUCUCCGCAAGGGAGAGCAGCCGGCUGUCGAGCCAAUCAGAGUGGAGGGGGUGGAGCAGAGGAAUAAGCGGAGCCACCAUACGUGUGACGUGUGUGACAAGGUGAUCAUCGGUGACCUGGAGUGGACAGCCCACCUGAAGUCCAAGAAGCACCACUAUCAUGUGAGGAAGAAGAGGAAGCUCGACGAUGCCGCAGUUCCUCCUGCCUCCUCUGUAGAAACUGCACCGUGCCUCUCUCAGGACACUUCCAGUGUCGUGGCUCCGGGCUGCGGUGAAAGUGAAGAGUCUUCCCGGGACAGCAGGCCUACAGACAAGGAAGUACCUGUGACGCUUUAAGGCUUGCAGAUGUAAGACUGUGUACACAAUCUGAGUUCCAGGAGGAAGCUCGUUUGAGCUUGUUCCGCUUUACCAAAAUCCUGCCUGUUUCGCUGCCACUCUUCAUUCCUAUUCACUUUUUCUCUUGCAAUCUUAUGACAUUUGAUGGACACUUUUUUCAAGGCACCUUAUGAAACCAUGACUGUAUGCGUUUUUUUCAGCAUGGGUGCCUCCCGCGGGAAGUUGCCGAACUCUUAAAUGUGGCAUUGCUAGCACGUUGCUCUCCCAAUUGAGCAAUAAGGAGCGACAAAUACCCUCAAACUCUUGUUUUAACACUCAGUGCCAAAACUAUUUGAUUUGAAAAGUUUCGCUGACCCUACCCCACCUGGCAACCUAACAAGUCAUGAUGGACUAAGACGGAUCAACAGUUUUUGUUCUAUUGGAACCAAAGAUGCAUGACUGUUGACGACUUUUAGAAAUGAGUCAAAUCAUAAGAAGACACUUUUUUUCUUGCACAAAGUGCCUUAGAUGAGAGAAUCACUUUUCAUAUUUCAACUGUUCACAGAAAACAGGAUUUACAGUCCAUAGUGCUUUUUAGUUUAGCGCCACAAUAAUGCAUGUUUUGGAAGUGUGUCAUAAGCUGAAAGAUCGUGGAAUUUUCACAGUCCUCAGAGGAUAAUGUAUUUCUACCAUAUAAACAUCAGCAAGAUUUGAUUUUUAGGUUUUCACUUGACAUCAGUGAUAUGUUGAACUUUUUCAUUUCGGUGAAAAACCUCAUACCUAGUACAUCUAUGCACAGUCCACUUGUAAUCAUUGUUAUUAAAACCAAAAAGUUUUUUUACUACCUUG